AUCAUCUUCAAUAGAUCAUCGUCAUCAUGCCUCUCCGCGCCAAAAUCAACUUCCCCCGAGUCGUCAUCGUAACUGGCGGCGCAGAUGGCUUCGGCUCCGCAAUAACCGACAAAUUCCACCAAAAAGGGUCCAAAGUGAUCAUCAUCGAUCUGAAUCGCAGCAAAGCAGAAAGCAAAGCGACUGUCGAUGGAGUUGAGUGUGUGGUUGGGGAUGUGACAAAGAGGGAGACGUGGGAGGAGGCGGUGGCGUUGGCGAUGGGGAUGUAUGGGAGGGUGGAUGUUGUUGUGAAUAAUGCUGGGAUUACAUUUGCUCCAUCUCCAGUCCACACCAAAGAUAUGGCCGAGUUUGACAAGACUUUUAAUGUGAAUGUCAAGCCCAUCUUCCUCAGCGCCCAAGUCAUCGCCCCCAUAAUGCAACGCCAAGAAAGCGGCAUCUUCAUCAACAUCACCAGCACCGGCUCAACCCGCCCACGCCCCGGCUUUGCCUUCUACAACGCCUCCAAAGCAGCCGUAGCCAUCGCCACCAAGACCAUGGCCCUCGAAUACGCCCCCUCCAUCCGAUUCAACUGCAUUGCGCCUGCGAUUGGGAAUACCGCCAUGUUGCAGGCGAGUAUCGGGGAUGGCGAGGAUUCGGCGGAGAGGCAGAGGAGGAUCGAAGAGUCACUGCCGAUGAGACGCGUUGCUGAGCCGGGGGAUAUUGCGAAUGCGGCGUGGUUUUUGGGGAGUGAGAAGAGUGGCUUUGUGACGGGGAUUGUGUUGGAGGUGGAUGGGGGAAGAGGUAUUUAGAGGUAUAUGGUAUAGAUUUCUAUGGGUGUAGAAGAG